AUGCUCCCACUGCAGGAACCUUUGGUUGCCAGUCCGUCUGGACAGGAGAGCAGAAGCAGACUUGGAGAGGGCAUCCGCUCAGACUUUCCCAUACUGCACCAGACCGUGCAUGGCGACAAGCAACUCAUCUACUUUGAUAACGGCGCCACAUCACAGAAGCCAAAGCAGGUGCUAGAAGCACUCAGGGCAUACAACGAAGGCUACAAUGCCAAUGUACAUCGCGGGGUGCACUAUCUGGCAGCAAAGGCUACUUCUGCGUAUGAGGAUGCGAGAGACAAGGUGGCCCGACUCAUUAAUGCCAAGAGCUCCAGGGAAAUUGUCUUCACUCCGAAUGCCACAGCCGGGCUCAAUCUGGUAGCGCAGAGCUGGGGCCGCAGCAACUUGGGACCUGGCGAUGAGGUUGUCGUUUCUGUGGCUGAACACCACAGCAAUCUGGUGCCAUGGCAGAUGGCCUGCCAAGCAACAGGAGCAACCCUCAGAGUGGUACCUCUUACCAAGGACACACAGGAAAUUGAUAUGCAGGCGCUUAAGGAUGUGCUGUCAGAGAAGACAAAAAUUGUGGCACUGGUCUAUGUGUCCAACAUGCUGGGUUCCAUCCUGGAUGUGGAUUUUGUUGCAGAGGAGACUUGCAAGCUCUGCAUGCAGGUUGGAGCAAAGCUCCUACUCGAUUGCUCGCAAGCAAUUCCCAACAUGCCAGUGGAUGUACAGACACUCGGUGCUGACUGGAUAGUGGCCACUGGUCACAAGCUGUGUGGACCCACUGGGAUUGGUUUCCUGUGGGGCAGGAGCGAGGUGCUCGAGCAGAUGCCACCAUACUUGGGCGGAGGUGAAAUGAUUGAGAAUGUCUUCUUGGAUCAUUCGACGUAUGCGCCGCCCCCGUCCCGGUUUGAGCCUGGCACGCCAGCCAUAGCAGAAGCCAUUGGAAUGGGCGCCGCUGUGGAUUACAUCAGCGAUUUGGGUUUGGAGAACAUCCACAGCUAUGAGCAAGAGCUGGGCGGAUACUUGUAUGAGAAGCUGAGUUCCGUGCCGGGGGUGACCAUAUAUGGGCCACCGCCGGAGAAACGGGGAUCUCCCCUCUGCUCCUUCAAUGUUGAGGGAGUGCACGCAACAGACCUCUCCACAUUCCUGGAUUUCGAAGGCAUUGCAGUGCGAUCAGGACAUCACUGCACCCAGCCGCUGCACCAUCACUUGGGCAUAAAUGCGUCAGCUCGAGCUUCCCCUUACAUUUACAACACAGUGGGUGAAGUGGACACAUUUGUGGAGGAGCUGCAGAAUGUCCUGAAGUUCUUGAAGUGA